CGUCGCGGCUUCCGGUGCUAGGUAGAAGGAAGGAAGGAGGGAGUCAGGGAGCGGGGCCAGGGGAAGAGCUGCGCCGAAAUCGGCUGGGGGAGCCGGAGGGAGUGGAGUGAGAGCCAAGCGGAACCUGCGGAGGCGGCGGCCGCAGCGGCGGAGCUUGGAAGCAGGAACAGGACCAAGUCCUCCAUACCAGGGACCAGGCCAAAACCAGAUUGCCACUGCCCCCACUUGGGCCCAACUGUCCUCAGAAAACAGCUGCUGUGAUCAUGGGUAAUAUCUUUGGAAACCUUCUCAAGAGCCUGAUUGGGAAGAAGGAGAUGCGCAUCCUGAUGGUGGGUCUGGAUGCUGCAGGAAAGACUACCAUCCUAUAUAAGCUGAAACUGGGGGAGAUCGUCACCACCAUCCCCACCAUUGGGUUCAAUGUGGAGACAGUGGAGUACAAGAACAUCAGUUUCACAGUUUGGGAUGUGGGUGGCCAGGACAAGAUUCGGCCUCUCUGGAGACACUACUUCCAGAACACCCAAGGGUUGAUAUUUGUGGUGGACAGCAAUGAUCGGGAACGAGUAAAUGAAGCCCGGGAGGAGCUGAUGAGGAUGCUGGCAGAGGAUGAGCUCCGGGAUGCUGUGCUCCUUGUCUUUGCAAACAAACAGGAUUUGCCUAAUGCUAUGAAUGCUGCUGAGAUCACAGACAAGUUGGGCCUGCAUUCCCUGCGUCAUCGCAACUGGUACAUUCAGGCCACCUGUGCCACCAGCGGGGAUGGGCUAUAUGAAGGCCUGGACUGGCUGGCCAAUCAGCUCAAAAACAAGAAGUGAGAGCCAGGCAGCCCUGUCCAGCCGCCCCAGCCACCCUUGACAUACCUACUGUCUCCCUGUCCCAACCCUACCACUUCCUUCCCAUUGCCAGUGUGGCCAGGACCCUGGGUAUCAUGUCCGCAUGCCCAACAAGAGCCUUGCCUCUCCUGCCUCCCCUCCUUUUUCCUGUCUGUGACCAGUCCCCAGUUGCUGUCUUGAUGAUGAAUCAUUCCAAUUUAUCAGAUUUAAAACAAAAACAAGGUUGUUAUGGUUUCAUGGGUUGCCCCCCUUAUACUCCGAGGUUCGAGAGGUGGGGUGGGGUAGUCUCUCUGCUUCGUUUGGCUCUGAUUGCUGUGGUCUUGGCAUCUGAGUCCCUUCUUCCUACGGGCCCCUCUCCUAUUGUCUUCCUUUCCUUUGCCACCUUCUCCCUGUUCUACAUGGAAAUUGCACGGGCCUCUGUGUGUGCGUGCAUGUGUGCGCGUGUAUAUACAUGUACAGAAAAAUAUAUAUGUGAGGGCCAGGGAGAAGGGUGGAGGGGGUGGAAUGCAGCUCAGGGCUUGGAGCCAGGACACUGCCCACUCUAGCUUAUCAUCCGCCCCUCCCAUGUUGAUGAGAUAAAGGGAAGAAGGUGGAAGGAAGGCUGCUCCAGUCUUGCUACUGGUUCUUUUCCUCUCUGCAGGUAAGUUUUCCUGGAUGAUAGGACAGAUGAUGGAUUUUACACUGCCAUCUUCCUUGUAUCCUUCUCUUCACCCUGCUUAGGGCAGGGAGGCGGCAUUUAUUUCUAGAUUCCCAAGGAGAUGCUAUUCUGCUCUGCCUUGUUAGUGGGAAGGAGAGAGGAACCCAUUCACUCUUAUCAGUUCAGAGUGUUCAACUGAUUCUCCCCCCACUCAUCUUUAGAUCUGUUCCUCAGGAGCUUGAGGAAGUGGUGGAGAUAGCAAGACUGUGGUGUAUGUUUGGGACCCAGAGUACUGGGGGGAGGGCCUCAGGUUUUCCAUCUUCAUCUUCUUUUGUUUUCAGGAGAAGGGGAGGCAUGGAUCAGUCCUAUUCUUGCCUUCUCUUCCCCUCUGUCCCCCCAAUUUUCUCAUCUUGGGGGCUGGGUGGUUCAUCUGUCCUUCGUCAGAAGUUUCCUCACCCUAGUAGUCCUGCUAGCUUGUCCAAAGCAGGCUUGGUGGUUGAGUGGGGAGUGGAACAGUGGGGGUGACAUAGCAGACCUCAAUAUCAAUUCCUCUGUUCUCCAGUAUUCUUCUAGAAAGUCCAGGAUGUGCUGAAGGAUGGCAAUUUUCUGUUUCCAGUUCCUCAGACCAUCCUGCCAUCCCUCCCACCUCCAUCCCAACAGCUUUCCCCUGCCCUCUUCACCCACUCAUAAAUGGAUCUGGGGGUUGGAGUGGAGGAAAUAGAACUCUGAAGUGGUUAUUGGUGCUGGUGGGAUGCAGUGGUCUUCAGGGUCCUCCCCCUGUUACGUGGUUGUUUAAAAGCUGCUGCUACUGCGUCCCUCUGUCUACAGGGGGUGCUUGUCCCUGAGGUCCUGACUUCUGCUGUUUCUGUGAAGCCGUGGCUAUUCUGUGGGCUCCUGUGUGUGCUGGCUGCGCCCUGAGCUCCAUGAUGGCCACCCAUACCUUUCUGCUAAGGUCAGGACCCAGGGCCACCCCCCAUCCCCCACAGCAUGGCUGAGGGACCCCUUCGCAGAAGAGCUGUCCCAAUCCCCACUCCGUGGGGCCAGGCUUCCUGCCACUUUUGUCUGCAACAGGCAGAUCAAUACCCCUUACCCCACCCUAGACUGAACUGUGAAAGAGAGGUUCUCGGGGUGUCUCCCUCAGUGCCAGUUCCUUAGUGAUGUUUUACUUACCCAAGUUUCAGUGGGUAUGUGCAGGUUUUUUGCUCUCUAGGCCUUUGUGUGUAUGUGUGUGUGUGUAUAUGGUGGGGCGAGGGGAGUUGCUGGAGCUUCUGUUUCAUUUUAACAUGUAUUCACUCCCAAUUCCACAAAUGUGUCCCUCCACACUUUUUUUUUUUUUUUUUUUUUGCCUCUGUCUCUAUUCCUCAGAUUUUUUUGCUCAUGCUGCCUCUCUCCUUCAUCUCUUUCCUUUGCCUUCUAAUUCAGUCAGUGCUGUUGCCUGUUUGUCUCCCCUUUUCUUGUUUCUUUCCUACUUAGGAUUCCCUACUCUAUAUAUCCUUGUGGUCGGUGAGGACUUUGCCUCUUUUCCUGCCUCAUCCCCUCUCUGACCCUCCCUAGUUAGAUAUCAGUCCCAAAUAGGUUUUCCUUCAUGCCCACCCCCACCUCAUUUUGGAGGCCUCCAGGGACCACUGGGGCUAAAGGUCUUAGGAAGCUGCCUUGGAGUUUGCCUUGGUGCUGCUCAAGAUCUGUCCAGCAGGGGGCAGUAAGUGAUCUUGGUAGUAUCCCUGACUGCUAGGCCCUUGGUGGGGGUGGCCCUUUCUACAUUCCCAUUCACCUAAAAGUUCUUUUGGGAUCGGGUGUUUAAUUCCAUUUCUGCCCACUCCCUCCCUCAGUCUCCUCUGGUAGGUCUAAUUUUAUGCUUUCCUUUGUUCCAGCCUUUCUUCUCCCUGGAGAUUCCCCCACUUCCCCGCCCCCUAAAGUUUGUGGUGUUAAUAGUGGUAACUGCAGUUCUGAACUGAUUUUUUCUCUUCUUUUUUUCUCCUCUGGAAUGUAGAUUGUAUUUGUUUAAUAACUCACCUUCUCUCUCCUUGCUCAAAAUGUGGGAUACGCGAUGACUGUGACCCUGGUUGGAAAUUAAACUUGUUUUAUGCA